AUGGUGGAGCAGCAGGGCCGCCAGCUGGAGGCUGAGUGUCCCGUGUGCUGGAACUCCUUCAACAACACCUUCCACACCCCCAAGGUGCUGGACUGCUGCCACUCCUUCUGCCUCGAAUGCCUGGCCCACCUCAGCCUGGUGACCCCAGCCCAGCGCCGCCUGCUCUGCCCGCUCUGUCGCCAGCCCACUGUGCUGGCCUCGGGACAGCCGGUUACUGACUUGCCCACGGACACUGCCCUGCUGACCCUGCUUCGCCUGGAGCCCCACCACGUCAUCCUGGAGGGCCGGCAGCUCUGUCUCAAGGACCAGCCCAAGAAGCGCUACUUCCUGCGCCAGCCUCGGAUUUACACACUGGACCUGGGCCCUGAGCCUGGCAGCCAGACUGAACCCUCCCAUGAUGUGGCCCCUGCCGCAGUGCCGUUGCCCAUCUCGCGUCCCAGCCGUUUGUCGCUGCGAGAGUGUUUCCGCAACCCUCAGCUGCGCCUGUUUGCCUACCUGCUGGCUGUCAUCCUCAGCGUCACCCUGCUGCUCAUCUUCUCCAUCUUUUGGACCAAGCAGUUCUUGUGGGGUGUAGGCUGA